AUGAAGCUCACCAUUGGGCUCAGUGUAGCCCUCGCCAGCUUUGCCGCUGCAGCUCAGCAGGCCGCCGAGCAGGCCGCCCGCGUCUACAUCCUACGCGGUUCGCAUCCCGUGGAGCCAACUACGAGUCUCACCCCGAACGAAGCCCGUCUCGUCCUGCAGCAACGACUCGCUCCCGAGGGCGACGGCCCAUCAUUUCGCGACAUCCCUGCCAAGGCCGAUAAGGAGCGAAUUGUCUCCUUGAUCAACAAAUAUGGAAAGGCCUCGGCGCCAUUGUUUACAAAGGAGCAGAAUGCGACGCCCAAGCAGCUUGUUGUUGUGGUUGAGGGAAUGCCAACCUUUGAGUACGAAUCGUUCUUUGGCUGGAUCUUCCACACCGAGCCCGACUUUACCGUUUCGAAGAGCCAGGAGAAGAUUGAGCAGAACAACUUUUAUGACCUCGCUAUCGCCAAGAAGCAUGGUUGCCCCCUGAGCAAGGUCGUCAGCAAGGAGGGAAGCUGCUGGAAUGACCAGUCGACUGUCGCUACCUACGACAGGUCUCAGGAUGCCGACCACCCAGUUACCUUCCUGGGUGAGCUCCCCAAGCUCCAGAAGCUUGCCGAGUCCGGCGAGGUGGAGACCACUCUGGUAUUCCUCCCCCAGGGCUCAGAUGCGACGGAAUCCGAAGAACAACAGGAGCUGCGACGUCGACAGGCCGAGACCGUUAUGACAUCGGUUGAGGAUGCCGUCGAGUCGGCUGCCGAAACCUCAUCGGUUGCCGAGAAUCCCAUCUUCUCCUCGGUCCCCUCCUUUGUGCCCUCCUGCUUCACAUCUGAGGACAGCUGCAUCCAGGGCACUGCCAACUGCUCUGGCCAUGGCUUCUGCCAGAACAGAUACGCCAAGCGAGAUGGUUCUUCUGAUGGCAAGGAUGCUUGCUUCAGCUGCCACUGCCUGGGCACAGUUAGCGAGAGCGGCAGCGUCACCCACUGGGCUGGUGGCGCAUGCUCCAAGAAGGACAUCAGUGUUCAGUUCUGGCUCUUUGCUGGCUUCACCAUCUCCAUGGUUGUCAUUCUGUACCUGGCUAUCGGCAUGCUGUUCAGUGUUGGUGAGGAGAAGCUUCCCGGUGUGAUUGGUGCUGGUGUGUCCAAGUCCAAUCCCAACAGCAAAUGCGAGGAAGCUGUCGUGGCCUUAAGACGAGGCCUCAACAUGGCAGAGUUUUUCCACCUCUCGCUCAGCAGCUUCAGUUUGUCAGUCUAUCAUAUCAUCAUUCAUUUUUAUACCAACAUCCGAUAUCCUCUCCCUUAUCCACCCUCCAUGAUGUCGACAGCCGCCGCCGACAGGCCCAAGCCCGCGACGGCUAAAUGGGGAGCCGCCUGCUCUCAGUGCGCAACCGCAAAGGCGAAAUGCAUCCGCUCAAACAGUGCUCCCGGGGCCAAGUGUGACAGAUGCGAGAGAUUGGUCAAAGUUUGUACCGAGCAGGUUCAUCGACCUCGAAAGAAGAGACAGCCAAAGCCUUCGCGAACGGCUCAAAUUGAAGAGCGGCUGAAUGGGCUGGUAAAUCUGCUCAAGGCGUCAGGGGGUCUGACGAAUGCGGAUCUGGCAACAGAUACAACGUGCAUCCCGACUGAGGCAGAUCCCGCCGUCUCCAACCAACAGAAGCCAUCAUCAAAAUCUUCGGACGCUUCAUUUGCACCUGGAUCUAGUCCUUGGGCUAUUCCUGAUACCUACAACUCCUACGCUCCACCCCAAUGCAUCUGUAGGCCUGCAUCCGGGGAUGCUCCUCCUCCACCUGCCUCGGACGAGGUACUCUUAAACAUAUACAGAAACGAGCUACUGGCGCUGCAUCCCUUCGUCGUGAUUCCACGAAAUGUUACGGCAGCGAGACUCAAGGCCACCCGGCCAUUUCUCAUGUCGGCCAUCAGGAUGGUCACGUCCUUCCGAAGUCUAAGAUCGAUGAGGGCCCAGAUGUAUUACCUGAUGCGGCACAUAGCAGACCACAUGCUCAUCCGCUCCGAGCGAUCUCUUGAUCUACUGAUGGGAAUCAUCGUCAUUGCAGCUUGGUAUCAGUACCACUGCUUCAUGCACGCUCAGUUGAACAACCUGAUCGCCAUGGCUGUGACACUUGUCGGCGAGCUGGGCCUCCACCGUAGCCCAACUGUGCUCGAGCGUACGAACCUGAUGGUUGUGAAACCUUUUCAACCCGAGCGUCGCACAAACGAAGAGAGGAGGGCCCUCCUUGGUGUUUGGUUCUUGUCAUCAGCGAUGUCACUCGGAUUCUCCCGAAUAGAGUCGAUGCGUUACACAAAGUAUAUUCAGGAGUGUCUUGGGGUCCUGGAGCGGGAGAAAGAGUACCCCACAGACACUCGCCUCGUCUAUCUCGUCCGUAUUCAACACUUGACGGAGCGAAUCUCCCAGCUCAACUCCCCCGACGACCCCGCAGAGGAGGUUGCGGGCCUUCCCACGGCACCGCUAUCCGCAUAUGUCUCUGCGUUUCAAGGGGAACUCGACCGCAUACGAAAUGGGCUGCCUCCAGAACUGAAGGACGACAGUCAACUCUAUGAGCCCCCAGUACUAGACGCCCCUCGCAUCAUAUCCAUGUCUGAAUCACUUACCUCCCCAACACUGGGCGCUGCGUCAGCCCUCGACAUUUUUUACCAGUCCAGGAAUGCGCUGAAACAAUGGUUUGACAACUGGCUCGCGAUCCCCAUAUCCGAAUACUACUGCCAGACAACACCGGUGGCUGCCCAAAUCGUGUAUGCCUUGACCGUGUUAGGUAGAUGGGCUAAGUUCACAGUGCCCAUCACACUCAACGGAACCAAGACGCCAAUAUCAAUGCCGAAUGACACGAGCGCGGAUAACCCGAAUGUUGAACUGUUCAAAGCAGAUUCUGAGUACUCGGCAAGUAUGAGUUCGAGAAAGGCCACGCCUGCCAGUUCCACACCGGGUCAUGAGAACGACCCAACAGAGUGUAGCCAGAUUGUUCUACGGGAGGGAACGGAUCCAAGACUACCCGCUGCUGUGGCCUCCCUACGGUCGCAGAUACAAACUCAACCUGGCCUCUCCCUGGAUGUCUCGGGUAUUCUCUCGGGUGUAUGUUCGCGUUUUGAAGAGGCAAACGCAACGUUCCAAGUCGCGUCAACAGAGCCUGGUGCUUCAGAUCACAAUCUGUGGAGUAUGAGUGCUAUCAAAAUUCGCAUCACCAGGGCAAAACUGGAGCGUUGGGCUGAAAUAGUGGCUGCGGGGACGGAAGCACUCAAGAUACAGGAUGAGGAGAGCCGGGACAUGGACAUGGAGGAUAACGGCCACCACAACAGCGAGACAGGAAAGACACCCAUGGACGGAACAGAGACGUUCAUAGGCGGAGAUUUCCCAGUAGAUCCACUUCAAGCACAGAAUUGGAAUAGCGGAACGCCGUGGACAACUGAGAUGUUGCAAGGGGUCGAUCCGUCUGUAUGGUUUGACGGCUAUCUUGACUGGGGAGCAGUAAUCAUGAAUUCAAUGGGCAACCUGGAGCAAUAGAUUUGUUCCCG